GGCCGCUCUUCGCGCGCCCCCCCCCGCAUGCUCGCCCAGCCCUCCCCCGGCUGCUGAGUGAGGGGUCGGGGGGGAGGGGCUCGGCCUCCGCGUUCCCGCCCCAGCGGGGCCCGGGCGAGCAUGGGGGGCAAGCAGAGCACGGCGGCCCGCUCGCGGGGCCCCUUCCCGGGGGUCUCCACCGAUGACAGCGCCGUGCCGCCGCCGGGAGGGGCGCCCCACUUCGGGCACUACCGGGCGGGCGGCGGGGCCAUGGGGCUGCGCAGCCGGUCGGUCAGCUCGGUGGCCGGCAUGGGCAUGGACCCCGGCACGGCCGGAGGGGUGCCCUUUGGCCUCUACACCCCCGCCUCCCGGGGCCCCGGCGACUCGGAGCGGGCGCCCGGCGGCGGGGGGUCGGCGUCCGACGCCACCUAUGCCCACGGCAAUGGUUACCCGGAGACGGGCGGCGGUCACCAUAGAGACGGGAUGCUGUACCUGGGCUCCCGAGCCUCGCUGGCGGAUGCUCUACCUCUGCACAUCGCGCCCAGGUGGUUCAGCUCGCACAGCGGUUUCAAGUGCCCCAUUUGCUCCAAGUCUGUGGCUUCUGAUGAGAUGGAAAUGCACUUUAUAAUGUGUCUGAGCAAACCUCGCCUCUCCUACAACGAUGACGUGCUGACUAAAGACGCGGGGGAGUGUGUGAUCUGCCUGGAGGAGCUGCUGCAGGGGGACACGAUAGCCCGGCUGCCCUGCCUCUGCAUCUACCACAAGAGUUGCAUAGACUCGUGGUUCGAAGUGAACAGAUCUUGUCCAGAACACCCCGCGGACUGACCUUGCUGGGCUUGCUGACUCCUCUCAAAGGGACAGCCAGCCCUGUGCCCAAGAGGAACCCCGGAGCCUGGGCGGAGCUACACUGACUCCAGAGGACGGGUGUCCCUUUCUCCCCGUGGACGCCACGCCACGCUGGGGGAGAGCGAGUUUGAGAGAAGGAAGAACCGGCCGCCGCUGCCCUGUCCCUUGUGCCCUCCCGGAGGGCAGGGCAUUUUCUUCCCACCUCCGAAAGGCAUUGUGGGGUCUGUCUCUGGUGUUUACCAAAAAAAAAAAAAAAAAUACAAAAAAAAGUCUAGUGUCGACUGGUGUUUCCCUCGUGAUGUUCACAGAUGCGCCUCCACCCGGCUCGGAACCACCCUGUGACCGAGACCAGCAGAGCCCGGGUCCCGCCGCCCGUUCCGGUGGCCUGGCGCCCGCAUCGGCCCUCUCCGUCACCGACCGCUCGGCCUCGGGCCCCCACCCCCUAUUUUCUGGCUUGGUUUUGCACUUUCCUCCCUGAUAUUUUGACUUCAUUGCCAAAAGAACCACCCCCACCGAGGACCUUCGCCCCACCGUUCUCUGCUCCCGUCCUCCCGACAGUCAGUUCCGAGGACUGCACUCACAAGUGUCCUGCAAAGAUGCCUGGACAUUUUUCUUAGACCCUUGUGGAUCUUUGUUUUCCAGAAAACUGCAACAAAAGACUUAUUAUUAAAGGAACAUGUACAGCCACCCUUGUUUUCGGGCACUCUUGUUUGAGAACAUUUUAGCCAUUGAUGUUCACACGUGGCGCCAGCCCAUGCAAGAUAGGUUUCUGUAUUUAUAUAUUCAGACACACAAAAGAAACCUUACCAGAUGUUUAAAACGAUGUUCAAAGCUUGGGGGAAAGCUUUCUUCAUUAGUCAAGGUGUUUUGAUAUGGUAUUAAAAUAAUGUCUAAUAAAAGAUGCACUGUGUGACUUGA